AUGGCCAUCUGCAAGCGACCAGCCGCCGCCGCCGUCGUCAUGGGCGGCCAGGCCGUCAACAAGAAGAGGAAGGUCGUCGUCGCGAAAAGAACAUGGCCUGGCCCCAGCGGCAUCAAGAAGGCCGCCGCCAUCAAGAAGCCCGCCGCCUACGCUACCACCGCCGACUACGAGGAAGAGAAGACCUGCCUCGGCGAGGGCGCCUUCGGCGUCGUCUUCAAGGCUCGCCACCGCGUCACGGGCCAGACCGUCGCGAUCAAGCACCUAGCCUCGCCGCCGCCGGAAGUCGACGCCGCCGAAUGCCCCGAUCCCCGCGAGCAGCUUCUGCGGGAGGCCCGGUUCCUCGAGGCGUGCAGCGGGAACCCCCACGUCGUCGGCUUCCACGGCGUCGUCCUUAACCCGAGCACCACCAAGCUCGGCCUGGUCAUGGACUUCGUAGCCGGCCAGAGCCUCCGCGACAUCCUCGACGAGCGGCAGGACCGCAGCGCGCCGCCGCCCCCGGAGGCCACCGUGCGCGCCUUCAUGCGCCAGCUCCUGACGGGCGCCAAGGGGGUGCAUGAACGCAACGUCGUGCACCGCGACAUCAAGCCGGCCAACCUCCUGCUCACGGAAGGCGAGGAGGUCCUCAAGAUCUGCGAUUUCGGCCUGGCCAUCUCGGCGUCCGACCCGCCGCCGCACAGCGAGGCCGGCACGAUGCCCUACGCCGCUCCGGAGGUGCUCCUGGGGAAACCGGAUAUCGACUCGCUCGUGGACUCCUGGUCGAUCGGUUGCGUCAUGGCAGAGCUCGUCGGCGGCGAGAUGCUUCUGCUGCGUGCCGGCGAGAUUAUCUACCUAUGGACCAUCUUCGGGCUGCUAGGCACGCCGGACGAGGUCGAGUGGCCCGGGUUCGCGUUCCUGCCCCGCGCCGCCAAGAUUCCAGCGCUGAAGCCGGGACAGCGCAGCAGGCUGCGCGAGCUGUUCCCAGAGGAGACCCUGUCCGAGGAAGGAUUCGAGGUCAUGGAGGGACUUCUUACGUGCAACCCCGACAAGAGAUUGACGGCGGCCGACGCGCUCAAGCUCCCGUGGUUCGCCGGCGACGAAGACUAG